UAUACAGAAGUGUUUAAUGUUGAGAUAUCUUCUGAUAUAAUUAUUAUCUUAUAAAAAUUACCUGAAUGACAUCUGGUAACAAUUAAAUAAGAUAUUAACAUUAAAAAGAUUUAGGAUAAAUACUUAAUAUUAAUAAAUUAAAAUAUACUAAAAUUCAUGUACAAUCCAACAGAUAAGCAGAUGUCCGAUCAGUCCGAUGCCGCAUUAUUUGAGGUUAGAAUUAACCGACGGUGUAGUCCUUAAAUUUGAUUCGCCAAUAUUAAUGAUUGUAUGAACUUACUCGCGCACAUUUUCGCGUAGGAAAUUCAGAAAUCGAAAUCUGAUUUCCGAUAAUUGAAGAUAAUUGUUAAUAUUAUUCUUAAAGUUACAAAUAUAUAGGAGAAAUGAACGUGCGUUCUCUAUUAAGGUUAUGUUCCACUAUUAAAAACGUUAAUUUUGACAAACGCAGAUUUUACUGCAGCAGAAAUAUAUUAAAACUUCAUGAGAGGGGCAUGUACGAGGAUAUAUUUCCCGAUACUAGUACAAACGAAAUAGUAAAUUUAUUGAACAAUUCAUCACAAUGUGUCUACGCUGGCUUUGAUCCAACGGCAGACAGUUUGCACAUCGGCAAUUUACUUAUCCUGAUGAAUCUUUUGCACUGGCAGCGAGCAGGGCACCAAGUUGUAGCCCUAGUGGGAGGAGCCACGGGUUUAAUCGGUGAUCCCAGUCAUAGAAAAUCUGAACGCGUCGAAAUGGAAAGAUAUCUAAUCGAAGAGAACAUCAAAUCCAUCAGAAAGAAUAUAGAGAUGAUAUUUAUUAAUCAUGAGGAUUACUUUUGGAAGAACAACAAAACACCACUGAAGCCUCUGAUUGUAGUAAACAAUUUGGAGUGGUACACGAACGUAAAUGUCAUUGAAUUCGUCAGAAGUAUUGGAAAAUAUUUUCGGAUGGGCACAAUGCUGGGCAGAGCUUCUGUCCAAUCGCGAUUGAACUCUGACACUGGGAUGAGUUUCACCGAAUUCACGUAUCAAGUGUUCCAAGCAUAUGACUGGCUUCAAUUGAUGAAGAGAUACAAAUGUCACUUCCAGAUCGGCGGCAGCGAUCAGAUGGGUAAUAUUAUGUCUGGAUACGAUCUGAUCACUAAAAGUACAAGGAAGGAGGUUUACGGCAUAACGCUGCCGCUCAUAACGGCCGAAGGUGGAAAAAAAUUUGGCAAGUCUCUUCAGAAUGCGGUGUGGCUAUCGCCGACAAGAUCCUCGAACUUCCAGCUGUAUCAGUAUUUCAUCAGAACCAAAGAUUCCGACGUCGAGAGAUUCUUAAAACUAUUCACAUUUAUACCAUUGAGUAAAAUUGCUGACAUCGUGAAGAGUCAUAUGAACGAUCCAGAACAGAGGACAGCACAGAAAAUAUUAGCGGAACAAGUUACACUUUUGGUACACGGAGAGGAUGGAUUGUUGGCUGCAAAGCGCGCCUCUGCAGCACUGUAUGACAAAUCAAUUGAAUCCCUUGUAAGAUUAAAUCCUUCGGAGUUAACGGAUGUAUUUGAAGGUGCAACCAUAGUAGAUAUUUUAUCCGAGCCAGGAAUCACUGUAUAUGAGUUAGCAAAAAAAGUGAAAUGCUUUAAGACUGAUCAUGAUGCUGAACGAAUCAUAACGGCAGGUGGAUUUUACAUUAAUUAUCAAAGAAUUUCUAAUUUAAAUGAGGUAAUUGUACCUGGCAUCCAUAUACUAAGUAAUAAUUUAUCAUUGCUUAGAGUUGGUAAAAAAACGUAUCAUAUAGUCCGAUGGCAAUAAAAUCAUCUUAAAAAUAUGUAUAAAUGUAUAAUAAACAAUAUAUUUUAGUA